CGCCCCCGCCGGGCCGCGCGCGGGGCAGGGCGGAGGCGCGGCGCUGACCGCCCCGAGCCGGCUCCGUGCCCGUGGCCCCAGAGGGGCUCCACCGCCAGCGCGUCCGCCGGGGGCGAAGGCGGCGGCCCCCGGGACCAUGCUGUGAGCAGGCGGCAAGCGAAGUUGCGGUGGAAGAUGAACAACGCCGAAAUCACAAAGCCACCACUAGCACCGAAACCAAAAAUUAUUGGUCAUCUUUCUCCAGUAACUGUCUCCAAAUUUUCUCCUUCACUGCCAAGGGCUGACAUUCUUCAUAACCCGAACUCUAUGUCUAGAGGUCCCAAACCACCUAUUGCUCCCAAGCCAAAACUCUCUGCUGACACUGAGGGCAAAUCCAGUGUUUAUACCAACAAUAACUUAAAUAAAUGCUCAAAUGGUAAAUUGAUCUUUCUUGAUGGAGAGCUGUAUGAAGGAAAUCAAUGCCAUGCUGAUUGCUCAGAAUCUGAGGCAGAUAAUGAAUACAUUGUAGUUCCUGAAGCUCAGCUGACCAGGAAAGACUGCAAUGACUUGGAACGUGAGCUUGAUCAGAGCUUAGAAUCCUCUGCAGAGAAUGAAGUCUUGGAAACUCCAAAAGAGACAGAGAAGGAACAGGAUAAUGUUGCUAAUGAUGAGGACACAAGCAAUCAAGAAGUUGAGCACCAUAACUCUUUGGAUAUUGCUGAAACAAUAGAACCAUACUCUGAAGCGUCAACUGUAGACUGUGGCCAGUCUGAAGCACUUUUUGAGGAGACCUCAGAUGCCCCUGAUGAGAAUUAUUGUUCUUCCAAGAAUGUAGAUGAAGAUGAUGUAGGUGAUUGCGGUGAAAACAAAAACAAGGAGGAAACUUCUAGCAGUCUUGAACUGGUUGAAGACUAUAGUGAGAUUGACAGUGAUAACAUAUUGAAUAAAGACCUAAUGGGUGAUACCUGUGAAGGUAUUCCAACAGCACUUUCCGCAGAUGAAUCAAUCCCAGGUUGUGAAAAGGCUGGGGAGGAUGAGGAGGAACUGCCUGAGAUUUUAGAAAAUGGAGAUGGAUGUCCAGCACAUGACGGUGAUCACAGUGUGCAUGCACAGCUUGAUAUGAAUAUGGAAGAGGAAUUCAAAAAUGAUAGUGCAAGUCUUGACAUGCUGCCCAAUGAAACCAGUGAGGAAACAGCUCUUGGCUUAGAACUGCUUGAAGGUGAACCCAGUGCUGAGAAUGGUUUGGGAGAUUCUACCCAUCAAGCAGCAGCUGAAGAGGAGAAAGCAGACACAGAUGAGUACAAUAAUACAAACACAGAAAAUGCCAGUGAUGGCUACCAGAUCACCGAGAGAAGAGGUGAGGAGACAUCAAAGGUAGCCUGUGAAGCAAGCAAAGAUACUGUGAAAGAGGAGGAAGAAGCUGUGAAUGCAGAAAAUGUGGAUGAUGGCUGUCAAAUUGCUCCUUUUGAGAAUUACUAUGGUGAGGAAGUACCCACAGAACAUUCAGAUGAGAAUCUGCAAACAGAAGGGACCUCUCUGAAUGGAAAUGGUCAGAUUUCUGAUACUCUACCUAGUGGUGCAGGGAUGAUACCAGAGCUGGAAGAUGUGCCUGUUGAAGAGCAUAGUGAAAGGGUUGUCAAAACCUCUAAGUCAGACAAGCUGGAACUUAAAGACAAUGAAGUGGAAGCAAAAAGCCUCAGCAAAAGUGUCCCAAGUCCAACUCAACAAGUCCCAUGUGAGGAAGAGUUAGAAGUCUGUAAGCAUGGUAAAAUGAAUGUAAAACAUGGGAACAAAAAUGUCUUACAUGAAAACCUAGCACUCCCUGAAGUAGUCAUUGUGCCUGAAGAAUCAGGGGAAAGAGAAACUAGCAGUGAUUCCCUAGAUGACCCAUAUGUGCUUCCCGCAGAAAAUGAAAUCACUCGUGAUGGGCAGACUGAUUCAGGAGCUGAUCACAGUAAGAGGGAUGAAUUAGGUAUGGAUGGUGAAAACAACUUGCUGACCAUUGAUCGUAAAAGCAUUGUCACUAGAACACGGUCACUCUCUGGGAAAAUGCCAGGCUACGUGCCAGAAACAGUUCCAGAAGAAACUGGACCUGAAACUGAUUUACUGCCUUCCUGCAAUGGCUCUGGGACUGAAGAUGUAAGCAAUAAUUUAUUUUCAGUGGAAGGAAAAACAAUGGAAGCCAACAGGGCAUUACCAAGCAAGUCAAGACGUUUUAUUUUAUAUCCUCGGUCUUAUUCUGUUGAAGGGAGAGAGAUACCUGUCUCCAUUUACAAAGAAAGUGACGGUUAUGUACUUGAUGAUGGUAGAAUAAAAAGGACAGAAGACAACUUGUCUUUGCCUUGUGUUAAUGGUUCCUCAGGUAGUUUUUCCCAGGGAAAUCUUUCAUCAGGUGUAUCUACUCCAUCCUCAGUUGUAGAUAUACCACCUCCUUUUGAACUUGCCUACAUCACCAAAAAGCCAAUCACUAAAAGUUCCCCUUCACUUUUGAUAGAGAAUGAGUCACCUGACAAGUAUUCCAAGAAAAAGAAGUCUUCCUUUAAGAGGUUCCUCACUCUAAAAUUCAAGAAGAAGACGGAAAAUAAAGUCCAUGUAGAUGUUAAUGUUUCGUCUUCAAGGUCCUCAUCAGAAUCCAGCUAUCAUGGUCCUCUGAGGCUGCUGGAGCUGGACAGGAGAAGCCUAAGUAGCUCACCUCAACUAAAAUCACAUGUGGGGAAGCUCCGUGCAUCUGAGUCUCCCUCAGCUGUUCUUUUCUAUAAGGAUGGUAAGAGAAAAGGAACACCCAAGUCCUUCAGCAGGAGUGUGUCAAGGGUGGAGUCCUUUGAGGACCGGUCCAGACCUCCUUUCAUGCCACUCCCAUUAACAAAACCUAGAUCCAUUUCUUUUCCCAAUGCUGACACUUCUGACUAUGAGAACAUUCCAGCUAUGAGCUCUGAUUAUGAAAAUAUACAAAUUCCUCCUCGAAGAUCCACAAGAGCAGGAACUUUUACAGAGUUUUUUGAAGAUCCCAGCAGGGCAUUCUCUGCUGCUAAUGAGAAUGACGGCUAUGUGGAUAUGAGCAGCUUCACUGGCUUUGAGAACAAGCAGCAAACCACAGACCAGGAAACAGAAAGUGCCUACACUGAGCCUUACAAGGUGUGCCCGGUCUCUGUGAUACCCGUGGAGGUCAUCACAUCAGAUGAGGAACAAAAGAGUUCAGAAGACGAGGAAAGCAGCCAGGGUGAUCCCAGCCUCAUCAACAAGAAGGAAGGCCAGUCCAGAGCGUACCUCAUUGCCCAGGAGCUGAUGUCUUCAGAAAAAGUAUAUGUGGAGAUGCUCCAGCAGUUAUAUAUGGAUUUAUAUGAAGGUAUCAUGAAAGUGCUUGGAGAAGAUGAACAGGAAGAGGUUGAACUCAAGCAGAGCUUAAGUGAACUCUCUGAGAUUUAUGAAUUACACCAAGAGAUCCUGGGAGAGCUGGAAGAAAGAGUUCUUAAAUGGGAGGAACACCAGAAAGUUGCUGAUGUUUUUCUCUCCAGAAAAUCAAGGCUGAAUCACCACACAGCUUACAUUAUACAGUUUGAUAGGAAUUUGGCUUUGCUAGAUGAAACUUGCCAUAAAUAUUCCCAACUGGCUACCAUCAUUCAGGAGUUUGAGAAGAGCUCUGGUGGAAGCCCACAGAGUGUGAAACACCAGCUUUUGAAAGUGGUGCAGCGUGUCUUCCAAUAUCGUGUGCUGCUCACAGAUUACUUGAAUAAUCUUUGCCCUGAUUCUACAGAGUAUGAAGCUACACAAGCUGCCUUAUUCAUUGUUUCUGAAAUCACGGACCGAGCCAACGAGAGCAUGCUCCAAGGGGAAAACCUGCAGAAGCUGGUACACAUUGAGUACAGUGUGAGGGGGCAGAGUGGCCUCCUCCAGCCAGGAAGGGUCUUUGUGAAAGAGGGAACACUGAUGAAAGUCUCUGGAAAAAACAAGCACCCUCGGCAUUUGUUCUUGAUGAAUGAUGUUCUGCUGUACACGUAUCCCCAGAAGGAUGGCAAAUACCGACUGAAAAACACAUUGGCUGUGUCAGGCAUGAAGGUCAGCCGCCCUGUGACAGAAAAAGCCCAAAACAUCCUGAAGAUUGAAUAUGAUGAAUAUUGCCUGACGCUGUCAGCAAGCUCUUGCUUGGAAAGGGAUGACUGGUACAGCUGCAUCAGCAGGCACAUCCCUGAUGACUAUAAAGCUCACAAUACUUCCACCUUCCACAGCAACGUGGAGCUAAGGGAGAAGCUUGGAAUAACCUUGGGUGAGAGGCCUCCUACUUUGGUACCUGUGUCCCAUGUCAUGAUGUGCAUGAACUGUGGCUGUGACUUUACCCUCACUUUGAGGCGACAUCAUUGCCAUGCUUGUGGGAAGAUUGUAUGUCGGAAUUGUUCAAGAAACAAGUACCCUCUGAAGUACCUCAAAGAUCAAGCAGCCAAAGUCUGUGACAGCUGCUAUAUGGAACUGAAGAAAAGAGAGCGGCCACUAAGUGUGAGCUUCCCUCCAACUUCAUCCAGGUGUUCAAGCAGUGCCUUCUCUGUCUUCCACAAUAUCCAUUACUCGUCUUUUAAGAAACAGAAGAAGAUCCCUUCAGCUCUUACGGAGGUGGCAGCCUCGGGAGAGGGAGCUACCAUCAGUGGUUACCUCAGUAGAUGUAAGAGAGGCAAAAGACACUGGAAGAAACGCUGGUUUGUUAUCAAAGGCAAAGUCCUCUAUACUUACACAGCAAAUGAGGACAAAGUUGCCACAGAAAGUUUGCCUUUGUUGGGUUUUACUGUUGCCCCAGAAAAGGAGGAAGGAAGCACGGAUACAGUUUUCCAUCUCUACCACAAGCAGACUCUGUUUUAUAGCUUCCGAGCAGAGGAUAACAAUUCAGCACAGAGGUGGAUUGAAGCCAUGGAAGAAGCAUCCAUUUUAUAGCAGCAAUCACCCAAUGGACUUGGAGUAAAUUCUCAGAUUUCUAUACAUUCCCAACAACCUUUAUAUGUCUCACAAAACUGAACAGUGUAUUUCAGGCAAAUUGGUUACAUACACUGGAGAUACGAACUGUUUCCAGAUUGCUCUCUUUACUUCCUUCCUCUUACAUCCACUUUUUUUUUUUUUUUUUUCCCCAAAAGGAAACUUUAAAAUAGAGAAUAUUUAUAGUGAUCUUUAUGUCUGUGCAAGUUCAACCUGUGUUAUAAGCUUCUUCUAUGAUCUCGCGGUAAGCUAAGUUUAAUAUCAAGACAAAAAAAAAUAUGGAAAUACUGGCUACAGUAAGCAACAGGGUCAAUUUUACUUACUGUAGAGCACUAUCAUAUUUCAUUCGGUUGGUUUUGGUGUCUACCAUGAAAUGAGAAACAAUUUAGAAAAUGACAAAUGCUCAUUUAAAGCACUUUAUUAUUUUUAUUCAACUACAGCUUCAUUCUUUCAUGUUUCCAAGGAGUUUGGUGGACCAGUUCAUUACUCAUCCAUUAACAAGUGCCAGCAUGAAAUCAUGCCCUGCAUAUGCUAAAUUGUUUUCACAGAAAAUGAAUAAACAAAAACAUUCACCUGGUCUACCAGUGCUGCAUUAGAUAUGAUACAGGAUUACUUACUACACCUUCAUAAUUUUACACAAACCACUGUAUAAUUUAUUUCAAAGGGGCUAAUUUCAUACCACUAUAGUACUUUGAAAUGCACUAUAGUAGCUCUACAAAUCUAGACACUGAGUAGUAUAAAGUCUCCCUAAAUAUUGCAUCAGACUCAAACCCAAAGGAUAUUUUUAAUUUAUUAUAAACCUACAGACUGUUUUUAUUUAACACUAGCCUACCUAGUAGUGUUAAGAUUUUUAUCAUCUAUUUAAAUAGUCUAUCUUUUUUUUUUCAAUCCUCCUGAUGUUUCUGCUGUUCUUAUGAAAACUGUCAUUAAAAAUGUAAUCCAUAUAACCAGCGCACCAUUUGAAACAUGCUGGUGGGGUGAAAUGCACUUGUCUGUAUCUGCUCUGUUAAGAAUGCUUUGAAACUCCUGUAGCUAAAUGUAUCUUACUCCACCUCCAGGGAUGGAUUCUCAGCAGCCAAGUGUCAAUAUGACUUCAGAGAUGAUGUGCUGCUUUAUACCAGAUGAAGAUGUAGAACUUUGGAGGUGGUUUUUUUUUUUUUGUUUGUUUGUUUGUUUUUAAUAAGGUUGAGAAGUGAUGUUAUAAUCAUUGUAAUAAAAUGGUUUUGUGUCCUAUAUUUGUCAUAAUACUUGACUGAGGAAUAGAAUGGCAUUUAUGAUUAAAAUAUAUCUUUGUAUAAAAAUACCAUGCUCAAGAAUUUACUUUACAUUACAAUACAAUUUGGGAAGGGGAGACUUUACUACUUGCAUUUUUGCCUUUCUUCAGUAAGUUUCAUGGAUACUUGAAUUUUUGAGUAAUGAACUGGCUAGAAUUUUCCAUAUUUUUAAAGGUCUAUAAUAUGUAUCCAAAUGAUAAAGAUAGUUCAAUUUAUCACCUGGAAAAACAAGCUUAAAAAAACAAAUACAAGUCUACCACUAAAUAAAAAUAUAGCUGUAUUGUUUUUACUUUUUAAAUACAUCUGAGUCUGAUAGUUUCACAAAGCACAGAAUAUCAUAUGCAAACAGAAAACAAGUAUGAGAAAAGUAAAACUUUUGUAUUCUUUCAUUAAUGGAUGAACACCAAUGUUAACCCUUUUUUUCAUGUUAAAACUAUGGCCUUGCUACCAAUAGACUGUUUUUUCCCCCUUAAAAACUUUUUGCACUGAGAGAAAAAUAAGAGAAUGUUGAAUAAAGAGUAAGAUUUCUAACAAAAAUUUUUCUCAAACAAAACAAAACUGCACUACAGAACAGUAUUAUGAAGAUUUAGGUGCUGACAUCUUCCAACUGUAUGAAGUUUUCAGUGAUAAGCAGGAAAUGAAUACAUGAAAGUAUUUUGUUGUAAAAAGUAACAUACAGUGCUAUUAAACAUGUUUUAAGUAAUGUGGAAAAAUAAAAGGUCAAAAUAUAA